UCGUUUAGGAAAAUCACACACUUUUCAACACUGGAGGUCGCACAUGUUGCUGUCAGCGAGGUAAACAAAUAUAAAUUAUUGAAAAUGGCCAGGAAAAAGACCCCCAAGAAGAAGGUUGAAGUCGUCUUUGAUGCCGAGAAGCGCAAAGAGUUUUUGACUGGGUUCCGAAAACGGAAGAACGAGCGCCGCACACGCGCCAAGACGGAGCUGGCGAAGAACCUCAAAGACGAGCGUAUACGUAUCAGGCAGGAGGUUAAGGAAGGAUUCAAGCACCUCAAGAAAUCCUACGAGCCGCUUAAAGAACUCACCGAGGAGGACAAGGCCGGGGAUGAAAAACAAGAGACCUACGAGGAUGACGAAGUUCAGGUUAAAAUUGUAGAACUGUCCACCAAUGACCUGACAGCGCAACGAAACAUGCUCGGCGCCAACACGGGCGAGGAGAGCGAAGAGGAAGAAAAUCAGUCGGAGAGCGAGGGUGAGGAUCCAAACCAGCCAGAUCGGAUACCCGGCAUGGACUACGACCCAAGUGCACGGAAAAAACGCAAGGCGACACCUGAUGCAGCGGCACCAGAGCCAAAGGCCAAGAAACCUGCCCAUUCGGAAGACCCGGACAUUAGGAGCAAAAAAGAUCUCGACAAGCUGAUGAAGACCAAGACCCUGAAGAAGAUGCACAAGAGCAAAGUGUUCAAGCAGAAGGAGCGCCUGGACAAGCAGGUCAACCUGAAGAAGGCCAAGCGGGAUCGUAACAAUACCAUCAAGAGCGUGCCAAAGCAUCAGCGCAAGAAGCUCAAGUAUGGUGCGGCCAAACCGACUGUCUACAGCAAGGGUAGGAAGUUGAACAAAAAGGAGAUUCGCCGUCAACGGGGCGACUAGGCCAAUAGUCGUUUCGUCUAAAAUCUAGCGAUUUAUCAUAGUUUUGUUUUACGGUUUAUUUACUAUUACACACUAGUUGAUCAAAUAAACUGUUUAAUUCCUA